AUGUCUAGAUACAUAGAUGAUUAUACCCAACCGAAUCCGAGAGAAAACUUUAUAUCACUUCGUUUACCUCAAAGAGUGUUUAUCUGGCUAUAUUCAAUUUCAUUAUUUUUCUUUACUGUUUUAACAAUUGGUUUUGUUGCAGUGACACCUAUUGAUGUUAUCAAGCAAACUUUGGGGACUUCUUCAUCAGGUAUAAAGUUAUUUAUUGUCAUUAUUAUUUGUAUUGUGUUUUUGGUUGCUUCUCUUUUCUUAUACUUUCUGAGAUUGUAUCAAAAUAGGAUAUCUCUUAAUGAUAUUCCAUCGAAGUCAGUUUAUAUUCCUUUUUAUGGGGACUUGUCCAAAGAUGUAUGUGCAUACAUUGAUAAAAAGCUAGUUGAGUGUCUAACAGAUAUCAAGGUGAAGGCUGGUCCUUUGCAUAAUCAUGAUGUUGUGAUUAAUCAUCCAGGAAUGGCUCCUCCAGAAUACAUUCAGAAAAGAAACAAGAGCCCAAGCGGUGAUGGUACUUUGUUACCACCCAACAGUUGCUACGAGGAUGUCAUAAGAAGUUUGGGUGAUAGAUUUAGCGUUGAUGGUCGUAUAUUGACCCAAAUAGAUAUUCCGAAAUCUUAUUCUUUCAGAGAAAUGAUAAUAUCAUUAACGAAACUCGUAAAAGCGGGAGAAAAUCCUCCUAAUUUUCCUGAUGUUAAAAAAAUGAUUGAACUCUAUGAAGAAUUUAAAUUCAGCGGAGAACUUAUUAAUGAACGAGAUCUACUCGUAUUUAUGGUGGAAUUUGAUAAAUUAGCUUUCUUUUUUCAAGGUUCUUUUGAUACUAAAGAUAAGUCAAUGGAUCAGUCUAGGCCCCGA